AUGGAGAGGCAACAAGCAACCCUGUGGAGCCCAAGAGACAACCCAGCCAGUCCGCUGCCGUCCAUUUCACAGGCAUCCUCGCCACCGCCUUUGAGUCACAGGAGACGCCUUAAACAGUUUCAGUCCAUACACCAGAGAUUGAAAGAGGUUGAAUCUCGCCAUAGUUUUCACCGGCCUCAGCCGGCAGGCCACUUGGCAGAACUGAAGGACAUACUCAAAAAGACCACACAGAAGACCAGGCAGGCCUUUCAACGAAAACAGGAAAUCAUCUCGUGUACAUCCUAUUACGAUGACUUUGCUCGUAAAGAUCUCGUCAACUUGAGCUGCCAACACAGCUACUGCAAGCGGUGCUUCCACCUGCUCAUCCUGAACGCGCUCCAGACAGAAGCGAACUGGCCGCCAAGGUGCUGUGUCAACCCUAUCGACCAGAAGACCUGCCUCAAGAACCUCUCCAGGGCCUUUUCUACCAGAUACAAGGAAAAACGACAAGAAUACUUGGUUCCAAUCCACGAAAGAUACUACUGCCCCACGCCGGACUGCGGCUUGUUUGUGCCCCCCGAGAGGAUAAACGCGCCUUACCGACAGGCCAAGUGCAAGAACAGGCAUCUCACCUGCAUGGACUGCAGGCAGGCGUCGCACUCGGACGCGGUCCAGUGCGUCAGGAAUCAGGACAUGGAGCUGGUCCAGGUGAUGGCGCUCCAGGAGGGCUGGAGGCGGUGCUACCGCUGCCAGACCAUGAUCGAGCACAAGAUGGCCGGGUGCCGGCGCAUCAAGUGCCGUUGCGGCGCAGAGUUCUGCUAUGUCUGCGGCGCCGUGUGGUGGACGUGCGGCUGCAGCGAGCGCCAGCUGAAGCAGAUCAAGAAGCAGGCCAAGCUGCGGCGGGCGCAGGAGAGAGAGCGGCAGUACUGGUAUGAGAACGGCAGUGUUAACGCACAAGCAUCCUCUUCGUCAGUAUAA